AUGUCCAUUUUCUCCUUAGAUGAAGAAAUAUCGAGGCUCACAGUCAAUGGCAGCUGUGCCUUGAUUGACAGUGAAGAUGAUGGAUUCGAGCAGGAGCUCACUGGCGACAUGUGGCAUAAAAACAUGUUAUCCACGAAUCCCAAACCUUCUAGACUUUCAGCUCCGUCCACUUCGCCAGGAAACGUUUCUAUGGGCCGCAGAAGGUCGUCGCUUUACGAUAAGAUGUCCGUUGCUACACCUCCAAACACUAGACGACUAUUUCUUCCUUCGAAUGAGCCAGAAAGCGCAAAGUCCAGUUUUUGCAGCCCCAGUGCUCUCGAAAAGCAUGGACCGCGUCUGUUAGAGGAUUUCAAGCCUGUGAGGGUUCUAGGACGUGGGGCAUAUGGGAAGGUUCUGCUGGUCAAAGACUCCCAUACAAGGCGGCUUUACGCCAUGAAACAACUCAAGAAAGCGGAAAUCCUGAUACAUCAAAACCCAGAUAGUACCAUCUCAGAAGAAGAGGCCCUGGAGAAACGAUUAGAACGUACAUUCGCCGAAAGAACUAUUUUAUCCGAGCUGGAGCACCCGCAUAUCGUUAAGCUGUUUUACACAUUCCACGACCAUCAUAAACUUUACUUGGUGUUGCAGUUUAUUCCGGGUGGCGAGCUUUUUUAUCAUUUAAAAGAGCAAGGAGUUCUCGACGAGGACACUGUAUCAUUCUACGCUGCAGAAAUAAGUUCUGCCCUCAAGUUUCUGCAUGGGAAAGGUAUAGUCUAUCGAGACUUGAAACCCGAAAACUGUCUGCUGGAUGAAAGGGGGCAUUUGGUUCUGACUGAUUUCGGCCUCAGUAAGAAGAGCGCCAACGACACUAACCCAAAUUCGAUAAGCUCAGCUCCGAACGAAGGAGAAUCUGUGGAAACACUCCACUCCAUUAUCGGAACUCCUGAAUAUUGUGCUCCGGAAAUUCUAGAAGGGAAGCCAUACACUCAGAACUGUGAUUGGUACUCAUUAGGAUGUCUCGUAUAUGACAUGUUGACUGGGAAGCCUCCUUACACAGGCGCAAAUCAUAAGGUUAUCAUCAACAAGAUCUUGAAGGAUAAGACCCCAAAAAUUCCGACUUAUUUCAGUGAGGGAAUGAAGGACUUCUUAGGUGCUUUACUGAAAAAGGAUGUAUCCAAAAGAUGGGACGUCGAUAAACUGUGGGAUGUCGAUGGUCCAAAACCGAAGAAGAAGAAAGCUGGCCAGGCUAAGAACACCAGUUUUCAAACUCAUUUUGUUUUCCGUAAGAUUGAUUGGCUUAAGUUGGAGACUGGCGAGCUCCAACAAACUACAUUUGGACCCAUAUUUCCCAUUAUUACAGAUUGGGAAUUAGCGGAAAAUUUUGAUUCCGAAUUCACGGAGAUGCGGCUAGACAGCGCAGGUCAAGCUGAUUGUAUUGAUAUUCAACAAACUUUCAAGCCCGAGCAACUACAAGUGUUCCAAGGUUUUAGUUAUGUCGCGAGUUCGAGUUAUUUGGAACGUCAUUUCUAA